AUGUUUAGCUCUCACAUUCUUUCCCUGAUAUUUCCGCUGAUUUUGGUGCUAAUCAUGGAGGUCAAAAACGUCACUAACACAACAGAUUCAACCAAAGGCUAUGGUCACGAAAGCAAGGUCAGGAAUUCACGAGAAACAACAAACUCGAGCUCGCAUGCAGAUGAUGCUCAUCAUGCUGGAAAUGCAACGAAUGGUUCAACAUCAGCGACUGGGCAUCACAGGGAAGAUUUGAUUUUCCUGGCGAAACAAAUCGUCGACAAACUCAAUCAGCCAUGGAAUCAUUUUGUAUGCGCUGAAACGAGCAACGGGCAUUGUAAAGUAUCCGAUUCAAUACAAAUAUGCUCUUACGGCAGAGGAUUAGUCGUUGUGAUGGGAAUGCCUUUGUGGUUCAACGAAACGGAGAAGUCUGAAUUAGGCCGAAUCCAUAAAUGGAUUACCGAUUGU